UAUAACCCAGCAGACAGCGCUAAGGUUGAGCUGGAAGCGCUACUGUUAGCAAGUUUGGCGUUGAGUACAGCAGCAGCCGCCUGGCGGGAAGGACACAACAACAUCCGCGUCUCUCUCUCUCUCUCUCUCCUCCAGGUCGUGACCGUCAGGUGUUAUAAUUGCUGAAAAUGAGUGGUGAAGAGUCUAACAGCAAGGCCAUUGAUGUUACUCCCAAUAAGGAUGGCGGUGUCUUGAAGGAGAUCUUGAAACCAGGGGAGGGUGAGGAAGGUCCAUGGCAAGGUGACCGUGUAUUUGUACAUUAUGUAGGAACACUUGCCGAAGAUGGAUCAAAGUUUGACUCGAGUCGCGACAGAGGGGAGCGCUUUGCCUUUACCCUUGGGAAAGGUGAGGUUAUUAAGGCUUGGGACUUAGGUGUGGCUAGUAUGAAGAAGGGAGAGAUUGCCAAACUAAUAUGCAAGAGUGAAUAUGCUUACGGGGAGCAGGGCAGUCCACCGAAGAUACCACCCAAUGCAACUUUAGUGUUUGAGGUUGAGUUGUUUGAGUGGCAGGGUGAGGAUAUCAGUCUAAAGAAAGAUGGGGGUAUAAUGAGAAGGAACAUUGUGCCCGGAGAAGGCUACCAAACCCCCAAUGAAAGCGCAGUUGUGGAUGUUCACAUUACUGGACGAGUGAAUGGUACAGUGUUUGAUGACAGAGACGUGAAAUUCCCACUAGGUGAGGGAAUAGAGCACAACAUUCCAGAAGGCUUAGAGAGUGCACUUGAGAAAUUCAAGAAGGGAGAAAAAUCAACAAUCAGUCUUUCGUCAAAUUAUGCAUUUGGAUCUGCAGGAAAUGCAGCCAUUGGUGUUCCACCUGGUGCUUCUUUAGUAUAUGAGGUCGAGAUGAGGAGUUUUGAGAAGGCUAAGGAGUCCUGGGAGAUGGACCAGGAAGAGAAAAUUGAACAUGCCAAGGCGUGCAAAGAUCGAGGAACAAAUUUCUUAAAGCAAGAUAAAUAUCAACUUGCAGCAAAACAGUACAAGAAGAUUAUUGGUCUUUUGGAGUAUGAUUCCGGUUUGGAUGAUGAGAAAAAAGCUGAAAGUCAAGCAAUCUUGCUAGCAGGGCAUUUAAAUCUUGCAAUGGCAUAUCUUAAAAUGAGUGAAAACUCUCUUGCAAAAGAGCAUGCUAGCAAGGCCCUUGAAAUGGAUAAGAAAAAUGUUAAAGCUUACUUCAGAAGAGGGCAGGCAUACCUAAAUUUGGGUGAACCUAAUUUAGCCAAAAAUGACUUCGAAGCUUGCCUUGAGGUAGAACCAAACAAUAAGGCAGCCAAGCAGCAGUUGCAGCUGUGUGUUGCCAGGAUGAAGGCAGAUAGGUUGAAGGAGAAGCAGAUAUACACUGGAAUGUUCGAAAAGUUUGCCAGACAAGACAAAGCGAAAGAAGCAGCCAAAGCCAGCAACAAAGAUGUCAUGGCAGGGGAUGUUGGUGAUUGGAACACUGCUGAUGAGAAGAAUGACUCUGAGAAAAGUGAAAAAAUUUGUUGAUUCUAAUACGCCCAAAAGGUUUAAUGUGCAAUUUUUUUUUGUUUAUGUAAAUUUCAUGUGUUUAUAUGACCAAGCAUGAUUGUGUAAGUGUUCAUUCUGUAGCAUAGAAUUUAUGGAUGAUUUUUAGCCAUGCUUUAAUUAUUUUGGAAAUUUAAUGAAUUGUGGGAAAGCUAAUUUUGAUCCCUUGAAAUGUACAGAUCUCUUCUUUGAAUUUUUAGAAAAUGCCACAUACGAAUGGUUUGUUUUUCCUCAAGGUGAACGUGAAGAGCUUAUCUAGGAUGAUAUAGAAUUUGUCCCUUUCAAGUGCUAUAUAGUCAUUGUGGUUUAGAAGUUUCUCCUAAUUACUUUACCUUCUUUCUUCCCAGGAGGAAAAAUACCCAAUAUGUUUGUUAGCUAAGAUCCACAUUAUCAAGCAUAUUUUGUUUGGCUUCAAACGUUGUUCUAAAUCCUGUUAAUAGUUGAUAUACGCUUCAUUCAUCUUGGCAGUCUUCUACUACAGUAUGUUCAUGUUGCUAUACACUGGUAAAGCAGAGUUUUUGUCAUUUUUAAGAUUGCUUUGAAGGUUUAUAUGCUAGGAAUGCCUAAAGAUGUGCAAAAAACUUCAUAGCAUUUUCAACUGCUAAAGUAGUUGGUUGUCAAUACAAUAAUUGUCAUGCAUUUUCUGAUAUGUCUGUCUCUUGAUAUGUUUCUAUGAAUUAGAAACUGAUUCUGAUGUGUUUUAUGAAUUAUCUAUGAAUAUGAUAACUUAUGAAAAUUAAUGUAUACCUGUAUAUUUGAGAAAAUUAAUGGGUAGAGAAUGUUCUUGAUAUUUAAAAGUAAAUGUUCCCUUAGGUUGCUCAUCUAAGGGUUAGGUUCUAGGCUGAAGUAAUUAAUAUUUACUGUGUAUAUAUAAACCUUUAACCUUUAAAACAAAAGUACUGUACUGCAAUUUGAUUUAAUUUUCUUUCAAUAGAAAUUGAUAUUGAAUAUAUUUUGAAUUUUUGGAAAGGAUUUAAAAGCAUUGUAGUGAAGUUAAUUUUCUACUCUUUUUUUUUUAUCAUUUAUAUAUUACUAAAAAAGACAUUUUUUGUUAUUACAUGUAUUAAGCAUUGUUUUGAUGGCUGCUUCAUUGUGUGGAGUUUACACUUUGAUCAUUUUAGUACAAUUUUAUGUUAUCUAUGUUAAGGAAUUUGUGCUGUGAUUUAGGUUCUCAUUAUUGACACAAUACUGUGUAACUGUAACCCAUUGGUAGGUACAUUUUAAUAACAUGUCAUGUAAUACAUUUUCUUUAAACCAGUUUUAAAAUUGUCAUUGCAUGUUGUGUAAUUUGGUCCAAAUAAAAAUUUGAUUCAACAUA